UACUUGUUCUGCAACAGACGCUAGCCACAUAGCGACACAUCUCCUAAUAUACGUUUAACUUGGACGACGAUAAGGAAAAGUUUAUUAUUGCAACUGUAGCGUUAGCAAAGUCGUUGCCAAUAUUGUAACCCAAAUGAUACCGCAUUUCCAUCCGAUGAUCGCAAGAAGUGACUUGGCUAGACUACAACGUUAUAUUUGAAUUGACUGCAAUCUAUGUUGCCUAUCUGAUAUUCAUUGCGGAUGUUAUAUAUUCAGUGGAUACUAAAGCAUGCAUUGCCUUUAAAUAGUUUUAUUUUAUAACUAUCUCCGUUUUUCGUGAUAGUUUUUUUCGUCUGGCUACAUACUAUGCUACCAACUUAUUUUUUACAGUCUCUGCUCAGGUCGCAGCAGUAGUCCCGUGUGGGACAUGUAGCUGGCUAACUCUGGGGAGCAAAACGAAAUAAGCAGACGUUGAUAUUCGUCACCUGAAUGCAUUUAUUAUUAUACUUUUUUAAAUUUAUCAUUUAAACAAUUCCAGUAAGACAGACUGAAAUUCAACAAGGGAAGCUAACCUCUACGCGGUUAGUAGGCUACCGAUUCCUUUAAUGCUUGCGUUCAGUGUUAUUUUACGGACCCAAGCAAGAGGUUUGUGGUUGCACCGUCUUACCAGGACACCGAGUUUAAUUGGAGAACAGUGCAGAAUGUCAUCCGCAAUCCCACUGGCAGCAGUAUGUCAGGUGACCUCUACCCCCGACAAAGAGGCCAACUUCACAGCUUGCAAAAGACUGGUGGAACAGGCAAAGGAGAGGGGUGCCUGCAUGGUCUUCCUUCCAGAGGGCUUUGACUACAUUGGGUCCAGUCGUGAUGAAACCCUCCAGCUGUCUGAGAGCAUGGAAGGGGAGACAAUCUCACGCUACGCUGAGCUGGCCAGGAAGUUGGAGGUUUGGCUUUCGCUCGGUGGAUUUCAUGAACGAGGGGAAAGCUGGGAGAGUGACAGGCGGAUCUACAAUAGCCACGUCAUUGUAGACGCACAGGGAGAUAUAGUGUCGGUGUACAGGAAGGGCCACCUGUUUGAUGUGGAGUUGGCAGGAAAGGGUGUGUCCCUGAAAGAGAGUGCAUUCACCAUCCCAGGACCCUGCCUAACCCCCCCUGUCCAGACGCCCAUCGGCAAGGUGGGAUUGGGUGUAUGCUAUGAUCUGCGAUUUCCGGAGCUGUCAUUGGCUCUCAUGCGGCAGGGGGCGGAGAUUCUCACAUAUCCGUCGGCUUUCACUGUGACCACAGGGGCAGCCCACUGGGAGGUGCUCCUUCGCGCCCGAGCCAUCGAGACGCAGUGCUUCGUCCUGGCCGCCGCCCAGGUGGGCAGUCACCACGCCAAGAGGGCCUCGUACGGCCACGCCCUGGCCGUGGACCCGUGGGGGGCGGUGAUGGGCGACUGCGGGGGCGUGGAAGUGGGCGUGGCCCUGGUGGAGAUUGACAUGCAGAAGCUGAGGGAUACGCGGCGGGACAUGCCAGUGCAGCAGCACCGAAGGGAGGCCACGUUCUACAGCAGCCUGGACUGAGCGGAGAAGGCCCAUUGAGGCCCAUUUUUAUGUUCAUUCAGAUGACCUGGUAUGAAAAUAUAGGUUAUGAGGGAAGACUUAAACUCUUUAAGCUUUAGUAAAAGGAGACUUGGGGG